CCAUCGUCUGCGGCUGGAGGCCCUGACCCCUGAGACCUCACAAGGGCCGGCAAGUGAGACUGGAGAACUUUCUCGCUGGUUCUUUGACUUUCUUGGAAAACAUUUUCUUCACCCUAGUUUGGCUGGGUGCUCCAUCUUUUGGGGCCCCAAGUUUAUUUUAAGAGUCCGCCACCGUGUUAUGGGCGUGUGCGACCGCCUCGACGGCAACGAUAUGUCAGGACAACGCAAUAUCCCCCCUGAACUCGGGGAACAGCCCGAGGAGCAGCCACCUUUGGAGGCCCCAGGGGCAGCUGCCCCCGGUGCUGGGCCUAGCGCAGCCGAAGGGAUGGAGACCCCACCGCCUCACAGCGAGCCCAUCCCCAUCGAGACAGAAGGCGAGGCCUGUGGACCCCCAGAAGUCUCCGGACCCGGCUUCCAGGGCCUUGGCGAAGGCGUGGAGGAAGCCAGAGCUCGUGGAGGCUACAGCCCACCUCCGGAGGAAGCCAUGCCUUUUGAGGUCGAGCAGCCCAGCUCGGGAGGCUUCUGGCCGACCCUGGAGCAGCCUGGAGAUACCAGUGUGGCCUGGGCAGGCCUCCAGGCUUUCAGGCCAGUGCUCCUGGAGCCCAGAGCACUCAGGGAGGCAAGACCAGGCCUGGGAAGCUACAGCCCUCCGCCCGAAGAAGCCAUGCCCUAUGAGUCUGAACAGCCUCCCCAGGCAGAUGGCAGCCAGCAUCUCUUGCAGGUCUCAGACAUCGCUCCAGGAGCCCCGGGAGUGGGGGUCUCGAGCACUCCCCCCGAGGAGCCCCAAGCCCUCAGACCAGCAAGCGCAGGCUUCGGAGGAGGCAGCCCUCCCCCUGAGGAGGCUAUGCCAUUUGAGUUUGAUGGAGCAGCCUUCGGGGACGACAGCUCACCCCCCGGGCUUCCCAGAGCUAGCCUACAAACCGGCCACGGCAGCGGCAGCCAGUUCUCAUCACUUGCGGUGCCGAGUGCGGUCCUCCUCACUCCCACCACGAACGAGCCCCCCCUCUGGGUCCCCUACGCAAUCGGCAGCUCAUCUCGAGAAGCCGUCAGACCUAUUCCAUACUUCGUGGGCGGCAGCCCCCCAAUGGAGAUCUCCGGACCCCCGCUCGAGAUCCGCAGCGCCCCCAUUGUGGUCCACGACGCUCCCGUCAACAUGGACAGCCCCCCAAUCGCGCUUGACGGCCCGCCCAUCGAGGUCUCGAGAGCCCCAGUUAAGAGAGAGCGAGCAGAGGCAGAGAGACCCCCAGUCGAGGGCGAAGCAGCCGAGAUGGAAGGAAGCUCAGCCAACUCAGCCGCCGCCGCUGCGGAGGGACGCCAAGUCCCCUCUCCGGGAGAUGGAGCUCCUGCCGCAGGGGCCGCUGCAGACCCCGGGGCCGCUCCAAACGCCGGGGCCGCUCCAGAAGCUGGGGCAGUGCCAAACACCGGAGCUGCUCCAGACCCCGGGGCCACUCCAGAAGCCGAGGCCGCUCCAGCCGCUCCGGCCGCGCCUGCCACCGAAGCAGCCCCUGCCGCCCGGGCAGCCCCUGCCACCAGGGCAGCCCCUGUUAUCCGGGCAGCCUCUGCCAUCCGGGCAUCCCCUGCCGCCUGGGCAAUCCCUGCCUCCCGGGCAGUGGUUGCCGCCCGCGCAGUCCCUGCCGCCCGGGCUGCCCUUGCCGCCCGGGCAGCCCUUGCCGCCCGGGCAGCGGUUGCUACCUCCAUUCCUGGUUCCGGAGCCCGCCCGAAGCUCAUACGCACCCUCAGACCCCCCAGCCCGGAGAUCCAGGCUGCCGAUCCGCCUACUCCGCAGCCUCCGCGCGCGUAUGCCUGGCGGGGCAGGUCCGAGCGAGGCCGCCACUGCGACGAAGGGUCGGUCAGCAGCAGCGAUGAGUCCGAGGAUGGGACCCUCAGAUGCUCGAAAUGCUUCCAGUCCCGGUGCGGUCACCGCCGCGGAAAGCCGCAGCGUAACUUGCUCCGCAACUUCCUCGUGCGAGCUUUCACGGGCUGCUUCGGCCGAUCUGAGAGCGCCGAGCCCAGAGCCCCGUGCAGCCCCAAGGUCAAGAAUGUUCCCCUGGCGGAGAAGCGCAGGCAGAAGCGCAAGGAAACCCCGGAGCAGCGCGCUCAGAGGCGCGCGGAGAAGCAGCGCAGCAAGCUCAUCGACAAACAGCUCCAGGACGAGAAGAUGGGUUACACGUACUCGUACCGCCUGCUGCUUCUAGGGAGCAAAGUGGUACCCUACAACACUGAGGGUCGUUUCCAGCUGGACAAACCAGCGUCCGCGACCAAAAGACGACCCCGUGUCCUGGGGUGGGGGACAGCCAGGAAGGCGGGGGCCACAGGUGAGCCAGGAACUGCCGGGGAGGGGCCUCGGGGUUCCCCCCCGGCUAAGCUGAUUGGGGCCAUGGCGGGCGGGGGUCGUUGGGGAAUGUGCGCCCCUGCCUCGCCUGGCACGGCUGCUUGGACUCAGAUGGCUUCUUGUUGGUGUGUGUUGGUGUCCAUAUUGUGUCCGCCUGUGCAUGACAUGCUCAAGUGUACCCCUGGCACCCCCAAAUCACCCGCCGACUGCGUACGUAUCGCGGAGCUGGCUGUCUUGUGUUGUGCGCCAUGGCGCGGGCAAAAACUUUCCGUGUUCGUACUCUGGCGGCACCUGGGAGCCGGCGCUCUGCAGCGGCGGCGCGGGAACCGCAGACACGGUGGUGGGACGUCUUGGGUAAUGUGUUGGGUCCCGGGCCGGGGAGAGGGGCCGCCUCCCGCCGGCCUCCAUAACCGUUUUUUCCUGUGUCUUUCUCUCUUUUUCCCCUUUGCGCUAAGCGUUUCCUCACUUCUCAUUCGUUCGCCAAACCCUCCCGCCUUUACGGUUGAAAAACCAGACACUCAGGUAUCUGGGGCGCCGGGGUCUGCACGCAGACGCUCGGUAUUCUGCACACACCUGGCUCGCCCGGUGGGGGCGUGGAGGGAUGCGGGAAGGGGAACCCACGCAACCUGCUGUAGGCGAGUCUGGGUCAAACCAAACGGGGCUGGUUCCAGGGGGUGGGUGUGGCUGUGCCUUGAAAAUAUGAAAUAA